AUGGAGCUUCAGAUUUGGCCUGGUUUGGUUUCCCUCUUGGAAAAGCUGAAUGUUUGGAUUCUUUUGGUGGCUCUGGUCACAUUUCUUUUGAUUAUUGACCUUGUGAAAAAGAGACGACCCAGGAAUUUCCCUCCAGGCCCACAGCUCUUUCCUCUUGUGGGAACCAUUGUGGACCUUAGGCAGCCCCUCCAUCUUGUGCUGCUGAAGCUUACUGCUCGGUACGGGAACAUCUUCAGCGUGCAGUUUGGAAGCCUGACUUUUGUGGUAGUCAAUGGGUACCAGAUGGUGAGAGAAGCUUUUGUCCACCAGGCUGAAAUAUUUACAGAUCGGCCAAAUAUUCCACUCCUCCAAGAAAUAUUUAGAGGCUUUGGGCUCAUAUCAUCAAAUGGGCAUAUUUGGAGGCAACAGAGAAAGUUUACUUUAGCAACACUGAAAAGCCUUGCUGUAAGUUUUGAGGAAAAAGUGCAAGAGGAGAGCCGGUACCUUGUGGAGACGAUUGAGGAGGAGAAAGGCCAGCCAUUUGACCCUCAUUAUAAAAUUAAUAGUGCUGUUUCGAACAUCAUCUGUUCCAUAACUUUUGGGAACCGCUUCGACUACCAUGACAACCGUUUCCAGGAAUUGCUGCACUCGCUGGCUGAAACACUGCUGCUCAUCGGAAGUUUCUGGGGCCAGCUGUAUAAUGCUUUUCCUUUCAUCAUGAGAUGGCUGCCAGGACCCUUUAGGAAAAUCUUCAAGCACUGGGAGAAACUUCAGUAUUUUGUGAAAGGAGUGAUCGCAAAGCACAAGGAGGAUUUGGACCAGUCCGAGGCAAGAGAUUAUAUUGACUGUUACCUGAAGGAAAUUGAAAAGUCUAAGGGUGACACCAGCUCAUAUUUCCAUGAGGAAAACCUGCUGUGCUCCACCUUGGACCUCUUCUUAACUGGGACAGAGACAACGGCAACCGCCAUCCGCUGGGCUCUGCUCUACAUGGCCAUGUACCCCCACAUUCAGGAGAAAGUGCAACUUGAAAUCGACACGGUGAUCGGCCAAUCCCGCCAACCCAUGAUGGCCGACAAGGAGAACAUGCCUUACACCAGCGCGGUGCUGAGCGAGGUCCUGAGGAUGAGCAACGUUGUGCCCCUGGGGGUGCCCAGGAUGUCCACCAGUGACACCACCCUGGCAGGCUUCCACCUGCCUAAAGGCACCACCGUGAUGACCAGCCUGACUUCGAUAAUGUUCGACAAAAACGUGUGGGAGACUCCAGACACCUUUAAUCCUGAACAUUUCCUGGAUAACGGCCAGUACAGGAGACGGGAGGCUUUUCUGCCCUUCUCUGCAGGUAAGCGUGCUUGUCCCGGCGAGCAGCUCGCCAGGACCGAGCUCUUCAUCUUCUUCACAGCCCUCCUGCAGAAGUUCACCUUCCAAGCACCAGCAGCUGCCACACUGACUUUCGCCUUCACACUCAGCCUCACACGCUGCCCCAAGCCCUUCCAGAUCUGUGCACUGCCUCCUCCUGCCUUAGCUUUGUUGGGCUUUCAGCAGCUCCAGCAUGGGCAACAGACUCAAAGGCCAAAGCAGAUGCUCCUUGUCUUCUUCUUUGUCUUCCUCCUCGUCGCCGACUACAUGAAGCGCAGAAAGCCGAAGCACUUCCCUCCCAGCCCUUUCUCCCUCCCCUUUCUGGGGCACGUCCAUCUGAUGAACCCCAGCAAUCCCCAAGCCAUGGUGCAGAAGCUUACUGAAAAAUACGGGGACAUCUUCAGCUUGCAGAUGGGAGAUAUGACGUUUGUGUGCGUAAAUGGGCUGCGUAUGAUUAAGGAAGUUCUUGUAAACCAAGGAGACAACUUCAUGGAUCGCCCUGAAAUUCCUAUCGACAAGGAGGUCUUCAGCAGCUUGGGACUGGUCUCCUCCAAUGGGCACUUGUGGAAGCAGCAGAGGAGGUUCACCUUGACCACCCUCCGAAACUUUGGCUUGGGGAAGAGGGGCCUGGAGGAGCGCAUCCAGGAAGAGUGCCAAUACCUUGUGGAUGUGUUUCGGGAAGAACAGGGGAAUCCUUUCAACCCUCGCUGUAAAAUCAGUUACGCUGUUGCAAACGUCAUCUGCUCUGUCACUUUUGGCAGUCGAUUUGACUACCACGAUGAGGAGUUCCAAAACCUGCUGCAGGUGUUGAACGAGACAUUUCUUCUCCACGGGUCCAUCGUGAGCCAGCUGUACAACGCUUUCCCGUCUAUACUAAAGUUCUUGCCUGGACCCCACCAAACCAUUUUUAAAAACUGGAAGUGGAUGCAAAGUUUUGCACAAAAGAAAAUUGACAAACACAAGGAAAAUUGGAACCCCUCGGAGAGCCGGGACUUCAUCGACAGCUACCUGCAGGAGAUGGCCAAGGACACCAACAGCACCUUACAAGAGGAAAACCUUGUGGCCUGCACACUUGACCUGCUGAUAGCUGGGACUGAGACCACUUCCACAACUAUCCGUUGGGCUCUGCUCUUUAUGGCCAAAUAUCCAGAAAUUCAAGCCCGUGUGCAAGCAGAGAUCGAUGCGGUCAUCGGACAGGCACGGCAGCCAGCCCUGCAAGACAGAAACAACAUGCCCUACACCAACGCCGUCAUCCACGAAGUGCAGAGGAAAGGUAACAUCAUCCCAUUCAAUGUGCCAAGGCUGACAGUGAAGGACACAUUCGUGGAUGGCUACCUCAUACCAAAGGGCACUGUUAUGGUGACAAGUUUAACCUCUCUGAUGCUUGACAAGAACGUGUGGGAAACCCCUGACGCUUUUAACCCUGGGCAUUUCCUGAAGGAUGGUCAGUUCUGGAAAAACGAGUAUUUUAUGCCAUUUUCUAUAGGGAAGCGUUCCUGCCUGGGUGAGCUGCUGGCCCGUGCCGAGCUCUUCCUCUUCUUCACAGCCCUGCUCCAGAAAUUCACCCUCCAGGCACCCCCAGACACCACGCUCAGCCUCGAGAUGCAACUGGGCAUCACAGUGGCCCCACGGCCCUACAAGAUCUGUGCCGUGCCUCGGUAG